CUUACCAAAAAAAAAAAAAGGGGGCAUUUUUUUGAUCUCUCUCCUCGAAUAUCAAAAUUAAGGUAGGAAAGAAAGAAGAAAAAGAAAGAAAAAGAGAGAAAAGUGGGAGAAGUCUUGUAAUUGAAGGCCACAUAUAUUUACAGCAACCCCCCAUCCCCCCUAAAUCUCUCUCCUCUCUCUUUCUUCCAUCUUCCCCAAAUCAUCUGAAAUUACCCAUUUCAUCUCAUCAACGAAGCUUGCUUUUUGAACAAUCAUACCCAGAUCAAAUAAAAUCAACCCCCAAAACAAUUCAUUUCCCAUAAAUAUCGAAAUCAAUUUUAUUGAUAAAUUAACCAAUCAUAAGGAAUUGACAAAUACAAAAUGUCAUGUUCAUCAUCUUCUGGGUCAGAGGAAGAAGAGGAGUAUGAUUCAUAUAGAAAAGGAGGUUAUCAUGCUGUUAGAGUUGGUGAUUCCUUCAAUGGCGGACGUUACAUUGCUCAGAGGAAAUUGGGAUGGGGCCAAUUUUCCACUGUUUGGCUUGCUUAUGAUACUCGCACCUCUAGUUUUGUGGCUUUGAAGAUUCAAAAAAGUGCACCGCAGUUUGCUCAGGCUGCCCUUCAUGAAAUUGAAGUCCUUUCAGCGAUUGCUGAUGGAGAACCAACUCAUUCCAAGUAUGUAGUUCGAUUGAUCGAUAACUUCAAGCAUACGGGGCCAAAUGGGCAGCACCUGUGCAUGGUUCUUGAGUUUCUAGGGGAUAGCUUGCUUCGUUUAAUUAGAUACAACCGUCACAAAGGUAUGGAUCUGAACAAAGUUAGAGAAAUUUGCAAAUGUGUUUUGAUGGGCUUGGAUUAUUUGCAUAGGGAGCUUAAUAUAAUCCACACAGACCUAAAGCCGGAAAACAUUCUUCUUGUCUCUCCCAUUGACCCCUCUAAAGAUCCAGUAAAAUCUGGAUUUACCCCAAUUCUUGAGAAGCCUGAAGGAGGAAACCAUAAUGGUGGAGGAGUUUCAAUGAGUUUGAUUGAGAAAAAGCUUAAGAGGAGGGCAAAGAUGGCAGUGGCCAGGAUAUCUGAGAGAAGGACCUCCAUGGGUAUGCCACAGAAUCCUAAACCACAAAGAUCUUUAGAGGGGAUUGAUAUGAAGUGCAAAGUUGUAGACUUUGGAAAUGCUUGUUGGGCUGAUCGACAGUUCAUGGAAGAAAUACAGACAAGGCAAUAUAGAGCUCCUGAAGUUAUUAUCCGUUCAGGAUAUACCGCGUCUGCUGACAUGUGGUCGUUUGCUUGCACAGCAUUUGAGCUUGCUACCGGUGACAUGUUGUUUACUCCUAAAGGGGCACAAGGAUUUACAGAUGACGAGGAUCAUCUUGCUCUGAUGAUGGAACUUCUGGGUAAGAUGCCUAAAAAGAUAGCCAAUGGAGGAGCGCGUUCUAAGGACUUCUUUGAUAGAUAUGGUGAUCUAAAGAGGAUCAGAAGACUCAAAUACUGGUCACUUGACCGGUUGCUUGUUGACAAGUAUAAAUUUGCUGAAGAAGAUGCCCGUGACUUUGCUGAUUUUCUGUGCCCAAUUUUUGAUUUUGCACCCGAGAAGCGGCCCACUGCCCAGCAGUGCCUGCAACACCCUUGGCUUAACCCGAAUCUGACCUCUAACGAAAAUACUAAUGAUAAAAAGUUAGCUGUUGGGAUAAAGAACCUUCAAAUAUAAUAGAUUACUCUUGAAGAGAAGACUACAUUUACAGGUUUGCUACAAGUUCAUCUGUUUUCUUGCUUCCUGCACAGUGAAGAAUUUACCCCACGAUUUUAUAUUGGUUUUGCCUUAGAUCCAAUAAGGUUACAAGAUGUUCUAUAACCCCUCAUUCCACCCUCUACAGGAUUAUAUAACUUUCAUUAUACCUGAUGUAAUAUAAUGAUUGAUUUUAUUUUAUUUUUCCAGUGAGGAAGUGACGUUAUAGCGAGAAUUUUGGUUAAAGUUUGUUGAUUAAUUUGAAAGGAUGUAAAUUUUGGUUUCUAUGAAUGUGGAAAAUGUUGUUCUCUUUC